AUGGCUACCAACAACAUGCACAACCUAACUACUCUUAUCAAGCGAUUGGAGGCUGCGACGCUCCGGCUUGAAGACAUAGCCUCGUCGACGAUAGACCUGCCUCAGGCUGUGCCAUCUCUAUCCACGACGCAGCCGACCCCGAGCGCGACCCCCGCGCCUGGCGCAUCUGCUCCUGCCUCAACGCCUCCUGCUGCUCAAGAGCCUUUGCCCGAAUCUAUCGAAGACUUCGAUUUGUUUAUUACCGAGUCCGUCAAUAACUAUGUCAACCUCAGUGGAAAGAUCGGGGGCCCGGUUGCCGAGCAGGCCAAGCUGCUAUUGAAGGGCUUCCAACUACAGCGGCAAUUUCUCCUGAUGAGCACCAAAGCCAAGAAGCCCGAUAUCAAUGGCUCUGACCAGUCCCUAUGGCAGGACCUCCUCAAGCCAAUGAGCGAGGUUAUUAUGAGCGUUCAAGGCAUCAAGGACGCGAACCGCGGCUCGGAGUUUUUCAACCACCUAAGCACCACCGCCGAGGCCGUCAUGGUUCUGGCCUGGGUCACAGUUGAGCCCAAACCAUUCAAACACGUCGAUGUCUGCAUGGAUAGCGCGCAGCUGUUUGGAAACAAAGUCAGGAUGCAGUACAAAGAGAAAGAUCCUCAACAUGUUCAAUGGGUUGCCUCACUCCAGCAGACGUGUAAGGAUCUUGCUGAGUACAUUAAGCAACAUUUCAGCAACGGACUCGCCUGGAACCCAAAGGGCGAACCUGUGCAGCAGGUUAUGAAGAGCAUGCAAUCAGCAUCGUCGGGUUCCGCUCCGCCGCCGCCUGCGCCACCCGCUCCUUCGGCUGGAGGACCGCCUCCUCCUCCCCCUCCUCCGCCGGGCCCUGCGCCAGCUCUGCAGAUCAAGGAACAAGGGGCGACGUCCACCCCAGCGGUCACCGGCAUCAAUGCCGUCUUUUCGGAGCUCAACAAGGGUGAGGCGGUGACCAAAGGUCUACGCAAGGUCGAUAAGUCCGAGAUGACGCAUAAGAACCCGUCUCUGAGGGCUGGCAGCACCGUUCCUGAACGCGAGGGCUCUGUUUCGUCCCGAGGCAAGAGCCCGGCUCCAGGUAAGAAGCCGAAGCCGGAAAGCAUGCGGGUUAAGAAGCCCCCGAAGAAGGAGCUUGACGGAAACAAGUGGUUCAUUGAGAACUUUGAACAGCAGCCAGAGCCCAUCGAGAUCGAGGCCAACAUGUCGCACUCGAUCCUCAUCAGCAAGUGCAGCGGCACCACAAUCAGGAUACACGGCAAAGCCAACGCAGUGACCAUCGAGAACACGUCACGUCUCUCGCUCAUCAUCGACUCGCUCGUCUCCACCGUCGACGUGGUCAAGUCGCAGAACUUUGGGCUCCAGGUCAUGGGCACCGUCCCCACGGUCCUCAUGGACCAGAUCGAUAGCGCCCAGAUCUUUUUCAGCCGCGAGAGCGCGUCGACAAGAAUCUUCACCAGCAAGUCGGCCAACAUCAACGUCAACGUCCUCGGGGCCGACGAUGACUACAAGGAGCUGCCGCUGCCGUCCCAAAUGUGCCACUACUACGACGAGCAGAAGGGAGAGCUCGUUAACGAGAUUGUUGAGCACGCGGGUUGA